AUGUCAUCUACUUUGCCUACUCCUGAUUCCACUUCGGAGCAAAUUAGUACGAAAAAUUUUGUUGGCGAUGAUGAUCUGAUAGACGAGGAUGCUUUGUUGGAACCGAAAGAUUUGGAAAGACCUGAACAAAAAAGUGGUUUGUUUUUAUUUUUUAAAUUAAAUUUUAUGUCUACAGGUUGUGGACCUGUUAAAGAAGGUGGUGAACAAAAGAAGAAACGAGCCUGCAAAAAUUGUACUUGCGGUUUGGCUGAAUUAGAAGAUGUUGAAGAUGAAAAAGUGGAGACGCCCCAGAUAAAAUCUGCUUGUGGAAAUUGUUAUUUGGGCGAUGCUUUUCGAUGUUCUAAUUGUCCAUAUAUGGGAACUCCUCCGUUCAAACCUGAUGAGAAAGGAAAAGUGAUGCUUUCAAAUGUUGACGACAUCUAA